AUGGUAAACUGGUUACAUGUCUCACUAGCCAUUGCAUUCACGAGCAUCUUCAUCCUCCUCCUCCUCAUAAUCCUUCAGAAAUGCUUCCACCCCAAAACGCGUCCAACCGUCGUCGUUUCGGACCCCAACCGAAAUCCUAACAGCUUCCAGAACGGGAUUUCCAGGCUUCACCAAAUAACCUCCAGAAAAGCCAGCAAUUACUACUUCCUGCACAAGGAAUUCUCAGCGGAGUCGCCGGCGUUCUUCAAUUGGGCCGACCACCCGUCGCUGUUGGCCGACGCCGUUGAAAACGGAUGGUCCAGAUUCGCUUUCCGGACCCUGACUUCGUCCCCGUCCGUGAAGCCCGUUUUCGUUCCGUCCGAUGUCGAGAUUGGCUGGGAGGUUUGCGAAGGGUCGGAGGAUUAUGUGCAGAGAGUUAGGCUUAAUCAGGGAUUGAGGAAGGCGGUGGCAGCCGUCGAUUUGCCGACUGGAGCCGUAUCGGUGAUCCGGGCGGGUCUGCCUCUGCCCGGCCCGCGCUUUGGUAAUUCGGGUUUUCCGCAGGAAGCGUUUUUUGAAAUCACGAUUUUGGGUGAGGAUGAAAAUGGGCAAUUAGGGGAUGAUGAUGAUAACGUUUGGGUUUCGAUUGGGCUGACUGGAAAAGGGCCUGUCCCCUUGAAAAUCCCAGGCAGCUUUCAGGGGUCUAUUGGCUUUAAUUCUACUGGCUCUGUUUGUCUAAAUGGAAAUAAGCUGGUGUUCGAGUCCGAACUAGACAAAUGGCAACGGAAUACAAGAAAUGUCAUCGGUUGUGGCUUUAACCCAAGCCAGAAAAAGAUCAUCUUCACAUCUGGUUCGAAACUAGUACAUGAAUUUCAUUGCAAGACUGAUGAAUUCAGCCAUCCACUCUAUCCGACCCUAGCAGCAAACGCCGAUAUUACAGUUCUUUUUAAUCUCGGACAGAGCCCGUUUAAAUUCGGGCCUGCAAAUUCACAAAGAACACCCAAUCCAAGCCUCGUUGGCCCUGGCCAUGCAAAUUCACCUGCAGCCUUAGGGUAUUACAUUGAGGAUAGCAAAGAGCUUUUUUCGAUGGGAAGAAUAGAUUCACAAUGGCUUCAAAGGGGUGACACUAGACACUAUAAUACAGUGAACAGUGUUAGGUCUUUAGAUUUUGAUCGGGAGUCUGAAGACCUCACCUCCUUCACUCGCUCGUCGCCCUGCGUCCGACAUCCCGUCCGGUCAUCCCUUAUAAAAUUUCAUAGCUUACCACAGUCCCUCGGCUCAAAAUUUCAGUGGCGACCUCCGCCUUCGCGCUCCUCGUCUGCUGAUAACCUUAUACGGCCCGUCAAUAUCGCGCUCCUCGUCUGA